CAAAGUCACAGUAAAAAGAUUCUAGUAUCUAUUUUUUAAAAAUUAAAUUAAUUAAAUAAGUUAUUUUACUCGAUUUUCAGAAAUGGGAAACCAACUGAUCCUCACGCUAACUGGUACUAGUACUGUUGGUAGAUCAUCUUUCAUUUCUAGGGUUUCAAAAUCGGGAUUUCUCAAGAAGAGGAAGAAAAAGCUCUGGAACAUUAAUUCAAUCAAUUACUUACACAGCUCAGUUGAUCCAGACUUGUUUAUUCCUGCUACUACUACUCUGAAUCCAGUCUCCAGAGGGAAGAGGUGUGAACGAUUUGUGUGCAAGAUGUCUGAAUACCGAGCAAAGACAGUUAGUGAUGAUGUUUCUUCAGGAAAAAUGGGUUAUCAACCAAUUAUGGAGGAAGGGGUUUUUCGAUUUGAUUUUUCUGGAAAUGAUAGGAGUGCAGCACAUCCAAGUCUUUCUUUUACUAAUCCCAAAGUUAGAGACACGCCGCUCAUGGUUCACAUUGUGCCUAUAUAUGUCCCUAAUUUUGAAUGCGUGGAUGGUCAACAAAUUAUUAGCAUAGAGCUUCCAACUGGAACCUCUUUGUAUGGAACCGGAGAAGUUAGUGGGCAGCUUGAACGGACGGGAAAGAGAGUUUUUACUUGGAAUACGGAUGCAUGGGGUUAUGGUUCCGGAACUACAUCCUUGUAUCAGUCACAUCCUUGGGUGCUAGCCGUUCUCCCAAAUGGAGAGGCACUGGGGGUCCUUGCGGACACAACACAACGCUGCGAGAUAGACUUGCGGAAGGAUUCAACGAUAAAAAUAAAAGCUCUAGCUCCUUAUCCUGUCAUUACAUUUGGUCCAUUUGCUUCUCCAACUGCAGUCCUCCAAACUUUGUCUCACGCAAUUGGAACUGUAUUUAUGCCUCCAAAAUGGUCCUUAGGAUACCACCAAUGUCGUUGGAGCUACGACUCUGAUUCAAGGGUUCUUGAAGUCGCAAGAACAUUCCGGGAGAAGGGAAUACCUUGUGAUGUCAUAUGGAUGGACAUUGAUUACAUGGACGGCUUUCGCUGUUUCACUUUUGAUAAAGAGCGUUUCUCUCAACCAAAAGCGCUGGUGAACGACCUUCAUCAUAAUGGAUUCAAAGCAAUCUGGAUGCUUGACCCAGGGAUCAAACACGAAGAGGGUUAUUUUGUUUAUGACAGUGGUUCUGUAAAUGAUGUUUGGGUCCAGAAAGCAGAUGGACAACCUUUUGUCGGGGAGGUGUGGCCUGGACCAUGCGUCUUUCCUGAUUAUACACAGGAGAAAACACGCUUGUGGUGGGCCGGAUUAGUCAAAGACUUUGUUGCAAAUGGUGUUGAUGGAAUAUGGAAUGACAUGAAUGAACCUGCUGUAUUCAAGACCGUUACGAAGACAAUGCCUGAGAGCAACAUCCAUAGAGGAGAUGCUGAAGUUGGCGGGCAUCAAAAUCAUUCGCAUUAUCACAAUGUUUAUGGUAUGCUGAUGGCGAGAUCCACAUUUGAGGGAAUGAAACUGGGAAAUGAGAAAAAGCGUCCGUUCGUUCUUACUAGAGCUGGCUUUAUAGGUAGCCAAAGGUAUGCUGCAACUUGGACUGGGGAUAACCUGGCCAAUUGGGAGCACCUCCAUAUGAGUGUAUCUAUGGUACUUCAAUUGGGUCUUAGUGGUCAGCCACUAUCAGGUCCUGAUAUUGGUGGGUUUGCUGGGGAUGCAACACCUAAGCUUUAUGGAAGAUGGAUGGGAGUGGGUUCUAUGUUUCCUUUUUGCAGAGGCCAUUCGGAAAAGGGGACUACUGAUCACGAGCCAUGGUCUUUCGGGAAGGAGUGUGAAGAAGUAUGUCGCUUGGCUCUGUUGAGGCGCUACCGUUUUAUCCAUCACAUAUAUACACUUUUCUAUUUGUCUCAUACAAAGGGUAUUCCUGUUGCUGCUCCAACCUUUUUUGCUGAUCCCAAAGAUCCCAAAUUAAGGAGCAUUGAAUAUUCGUUCCUGCUUGGGCCACUUCUAGUACAUGCAAGCACUUCUCUUGAUCAGGGCUCAGAUGGGUUGCUACAUGUGCUUCCUAAAGGCAUUUGGUUGAGUUUUGAUUUUGAUGACUCUCAUCCCGACUUGCCAACACUCUAUUUGCAAGGUGGAACAAUGAUUCCCGUGGGUCCUCCUGUGCAACAUGUUGAUGAAGCAAGUGCAACAGAUGACUUGUCACUCAUUGUGGCUUUAGAUCAACAUGGGAAAGCUGAAGGUGUUCUCUAUGAGGACGAAGGUGAUGGAUAUGAGUUUCGUGAAGGGGGAUACUUGCUGACAUAUUAUGCUGCAGAGCUUCAAUCAUCAGUUGUUACAAUAAAAGUUUCUAAAGCUGAAGGGUCCUGGACUAGACCAAAACGACAUUUGCAUGUUCAAUUGUUGCUCGGCGGAGGUGCUAUGGUUGAUGCAUGGGGAAUUGAUGGAGAAGUCCUGCAAAUUAAAAUGCCUUCAGAUCCUGAGAUUUCCAACCUAAUAGCCAUAAGCCAGGAGCAGUACAAGAAUCUUAUCGAAUGCGCGAAACAAAUUCCCGAUGUGGAGGAGGUUGCAGGGCUUAAAGGAGUAGAACUUUCUAAGACUCCUGUAGAACUCAAAAGUGGUGAUUGGGCUCUCAAAAUAGUGCCUUGGAUUGGUGGUAGAAUGAUUUCUAUGCAGCAUCUUCCUUCAGGAACUCAGUGGCUCCACAGCAGGGUUGAAGUGGAUGGAUAUGAAGAAUACAGUGGCGUCGAGUAUCGAUCUGCGGGGUGUUCUGAAGAAUAUACUGUCAUUGAGAGAACUGUUGGACUGGCAGGGGAGGAGGAAGAGUCUCUUAGCUUAGAAGGAAAUAUCGGUGGUGGAUUAGUUAUCGAGCGCCAGAUAUCCAUUCCAAAAACUGAUCCCAAAGUUAUCCAAAUUGACUCUGGUAUUAUUGCUCGUAACGUCGGCGCUGGCUCUGGUGGAUUUUCAAGGUUGGUUUGCUUGCGAGUGCACCCAGUCUUCACCCUUUUGCACCCAACAGAAGUUUUUGUGUCGUUUGUUUCUAUCGAUGGGUCUAAGCAUGAAUUAUGGCCAGAAUCUGAUGAGAAAUUGUUUGAAGGAGACCUGCGGCCUAACGGAGAAUGGAUAUUGUUCGACAAAUGUUUGGGAUUUGGUUUAGUGAACCGAUUCAACAUGGACGAGGUUUACAAGUGUAUGGUCCAUUGGGGAACAGGAACAGUUAACUUGGAACUAUGGUCCGAAGAAAGGCCAGUUUCGAAGGAAUCACCACUGAAAAUCUCCCAUCAAUAUGAGGUGAGACCAAUCUCAUAGUUCUUGUUUUCACAUAUGUUAUUUGUUUCAGUGGAGACUCCACAUCUCUCUGUAUGACUAUUCCCAAUAAUGAAACAAACAUAAUCUUGACUGCGGGCAUGUUUCUUAUGUAAUUGAAUAAUGCUCCAGAUCCGUUAGUCCAUUGAAUAAUGGAAACUAGUGAAGCUUAUUGUGAUGAGAAUUACAAAUUGUUUCUGAGAUGA